CCUGUAAACCUAAGAAGAAGAAGAAGAAGCAGGCAAAACAGCUGGGUUGUUUGCGGCAUUUAAUCGUCGACUUUCUGUGUCUGUUUUCGUGGAAAACGAAGUCAGCGGCGGGCCCACGGUCCACGAGUUGUUUUAUUGUCUGGAGCUGCGUGGAUCACCUGAGAGCGUGCAUUGGUGAUUUCAGGAAACGCCCAGAGCGUUUCUCCACAGCUCGCCAUCAUGUCUCAGAAUUACCCGUACAGAAAGCCGCCGUCUGACACCGACCUCAGAACUGAUCCCGGGCCUUACAGAUCUGUGGACUACCGCCACUCCUCAGCGGACCGUGACUUUUACAGGCAGCCACAAGACUCCUUCUCUGUCUCCUCCUCCUGCCCUUCCUCGUCCUCGUCCAGGGGCUCUGGAGUGCUGCAGUCAUCGCAGGACAAUGUUCUGAGCAUCCUGAGCAGCUGCGGUCUGGAGCCCAGUGAUCUGGCGCUGCUAGCCGAGCUGCCCGAAGACGUCCUCACUAUUGAGUCUCUGCCACACAUCCUCAGACAGAUCAAAUGCAAGAAAGGGACCGUCAAACCUUUCCCUCCCCGGGCUCCGUCUCCUCCUUCCUCUUCCUCCUACCCUCCCAGCUCCACCCAUCAAUCCGCCAUGAGCAGCUCCUCCUCUUCCAGAGACUGGGACCAGCUCCAUCGCACGUCGGUCCAGUACCCGCUGGACCACCUGCCACCACCACCACCUCCUCCCUCGGAGAAGCUCAUGGAUCGCUGGAAUAAUCCGAUUACCGCGAGCUCUGGCCGAGCAGAGCUGCCACCAUCGUCAUCCUUAUCAUCGCCGUUGGGGUACACGGUGGACUUCCACCGCAGGCAGGGCCCCUCUGAUUAUGGUAAGACUGGUCCAGUUCCUUCUUACAGCCCAGCGAGGCGAGGAGAUAGAGCGCCGUCAUCUCAAUUCUCCGAGGCUGGACCAGCAGAUUACAGGUCAUCGGCGCUGGUGACGGCUUCUCCUCUUCCUAGCAAGUACCAGUCCAAACCUCAGGCGAGCCGCCGUGACACGUCCUCCACGAGGAGCAGCCAGUCCUCGCCCUCGAUGCCUACACGGAAAGAAGCUCUGGAUUUCCACGGGAAGGUCCCGCCGACGUUCCCGUAUUCGUGUUCUCUGUGUGAUAUCACUGUGCUGUCACAGAAGGUUUGGGUUCAGCACGUGACCGGCAGGCACCAUGCAGAUGGACAGCUCAGCCUCCUGCAGCAGUUUCCUAACUGGGACUGCCGCAUGCAGACGGUCCGAAGGGACGAUAAAUCAGAGAAGAAGAAAGAUGGAGGAAAAGGGGCUCCGGCAGCUAGUCAAACAGCAUCGCAGUCGAAUAGCAAGUCGAAGCAGAAGAAGGUAAAGAAGACUUUGGAGAAAGGGAAGGUGGUGUGCAUCAAGUUUCCGUCUCAGUCUGUCGAUGAGACGUACCUCAGGAAGCUCGCAGAACCGUUCGGGAAGAUCAUCAAGGUCAUCAUGUUUCCGUCUCUGGGCUUCGUGGAGAUGGGCUCCGUCGAUCAGGCCAAAGACUUGGUGAAGUUUCACAGCAAUUAUCCUCCAACUGUGAACGGAGAGCAGAUCGAGUUCAGCAUCUCCAACGCCUUCAACUUUCUCCAGAGCUCCAGGGUGGUGAGUUUCACGCCCGCUCCAUCAGGAGAAGACGGAAAAUCCGACCUGAUCACUAUCAUCAAACGCUUCGGCCCGCCACUCUACACCCUGUUCCUGCCGUCAAUGGCGUUCGUUGAGAUGAAGAACGCCCCUGAUGCUCAGAAGCUGGUGGAUUAUUAUCUGACCAACACUCUGAGGAUCAACAGUGACUUGAUCUGUGUCUCCUUCUCUGGAGAAUACAAGACUCUCAUGCGGGUUUCAAAAGCCAAGAGGUACGAAGAAGAGAACGAAAGUACAAAGAAGAGUACCACCAAGAGGACAAGGAGCUCGAGCCGAGACAGAACGACAGAAAAUAAAAAAAGAAGGUCCCGAUCCAGAGACAAGUCCAGCAAAGAGGAACGGACCAGAACAAGGUCCAGGUCCAGGGAUAAAUCUAAAGAAAAAUCCAGCAGAGAUGCCAAAACUAGAUCUAGGUCCCAAGACAAGUUGGAUAGAAAAAGGAAGAGCAGAACCCGGUCCAGGUCCAGAGAUAAGUCCACUAGUGAGAAGCGGACCAGGUCUAAGUCAGGGUCCAGAGAAAAAACAAAAUCCAACAAGGAAAGCAAGAAAGGGUCCCAAGAGAAGAACCAUAGAAGCAGAUCCAGGUCCAGAGACAAAUCGAAAGAAAAAUCCAACAGAGACCAGAAGAAGAGGUCCAUAUCCAGAGACAAGUCCAGUAGAGAGACAAAAACCAAGUCUACAACCCAAGAAAAGUCAAGCAAAGAAAGAAAAAGCAGAAGCAAAUCCAGAUCUGUGGAAAAAUCCAGCAGAGAUAAGAAAUCCAGGUCUAGAGAGAGAUCCAGCAACAACUCCUCCAGACAUGACGGAGAAAAGACGGCAGAACCAGAGAAACCAGAUGCAGCAUCAACAUCCAAAGAAGAACCUCUCGAAGACUCCAAACCUGAAGUUUCAAACACAGAAGAAUUGGAGGGGGAGGCAGCGUUGCCUGGAGAGGAGAGCGACAUCGAGGGGAUGGAGGUGAUUGCUGAGGAUGGAGAGAAUCUGGCCGAUGACGAUGAGGAGGCUCUGCAAGAGGAAGAGAAAAAAGAGAGUCCUGAAGAGAGAGCACCUGAAAAAGAUGAAGUAAAGGAGGUGAUGGGUGGAGAGCCUGGCAAUGAGGAGAAACCUGCAUCGGAGAAGGAGAUAAAGAAGGAAGAGAAGGAGGAAGUAGAGGAGUCGCAGGAAACGACAGAGACUCCUCUACAGGAGGAUUCGGAGGACUUCCCUAUAGACCUGGAAAACUGCAUCACUCUGGAUGAACUGGAAGAAGAUGACUCUGACGACCAAGGUGGAGAAUCAGCAGAUGAACCUAAGUCAACAUCGAAAUCCAGCAGGGUUUUUUACUUCGGCCACCUGCCACCUAAUUACGCCCUCUUUGACUUCUUCCAACUGCUGAGAAAUUUUGGGAAGGUGGUGCGCUAUUACCUGAUUGGCAAUCGACGAGAGGGUUUCAUUGAGAUGUCGAGUUCUUCAGCGGCCCUGAAAGCUGUUGAGGAGCUCGUCAGCAAAACAGCCAUCCACAACUGCCCCAAACUCAAAGCCCGCAUCUCAACCAAAUACUACAGACUUGACAACGGAUGGGUUGUUCACUCGGACGGCAGUGAUGACGAGGACAGUCGAAGCAGGAAGCGCGAAAAACGAAGCAAAUCCAAGACCUCAGACCGGGACGAGACCGACAGGAGGUCUAAAGGGAGGAAGGAGUCCCCGAAGAAGACAUCAGAGAAAUCAGGCAAAAAGACUCCAGAAAAAGAUUCUGGGUCGAAAAAGCCUCCAGAGAAAGACUCAGCAGGGAAAAAGACCCCCAAAAAAGAGUCCGCAUCCAAAAAGUCUCCAGAAAAGGACAUCAAAAACACCUUGGAAACGAAAUCCACUGGGAAAAAGACUCCAGAGAAAGAUUUGCCAUCUAAAAAAAGUUCAGAUAAGGAUUCUACAACAAAAAAGACUCCAGCGAAAAAGUCCACAUCCAGAACAACUCCGGAAAACAAGUCUGCAUCCAGAACGACUCCGGAAAACAAGUCUGCAUCCAAAACGACUCCGGAAAACAAGUCUGCAUCCAAAACGACUCCGGAAAACAAGUCUGCUUCCAGAACGACUCCGGAAAACAAGUCUGCUUCCAGAACAACUCCGGAAAACAAGUCUGCAUCCAAAACGACUCCGGAAAACAAGUCUGCUUCCAGAACGACUCCGGAAAACAAGUCUGCUUCCAGAACGACUCCGGAAAACAAGUCUGCUUCCAGAACGACUCCGGAAAACAAGUCUGCUUCCAGAGAAACUUCAGAAGAAGAGUUUGAGUACAAAAAGUCUCCAAAGAGGGAAUCGUUGGACAAAGAGACUCCAGAAAAGGACCUUAAAAACGGCCUGGAGAAGGAAUCCGCAGGCAGAAAGGCUCUUCAGAAAGGGUCAUCGUGUGCAGAGGUUCCAGACAGCGAGACGUCGGAACCAAAAGGAGCUCCUGACAAUAAUUCAGUGCCUCAGACAACUCUGAAGACAGAACUAAAGGAAGAAAAUACUCAACAAAAUGAGGAACCAGCAGCUUAUAACGCACCACCUGAAAAAGAUUAUAUCAAAAAGGAAACACCACAGACAUUCAAGCAGGAGGAGCAGGAAACACAAAUAGACGUUUGUAUGGAAGCAGGACCAAAUGGACCCGCAAAACCACCGCCUGAACAGGAGGCGAAGCCCCAGUGUGGACCUGCAGAGGGCGCUGCUGAACCUCAGAAACCCACCAAACCUGUUGGGACUGAGUUCGUGCGACCGGUCGUUGGUUAUUUCUGUAACCUGUGUCAGCUGAUCUUCGCUGAAGAGGAUGAAGCCAAACAGCAGCACUGCAGCAGCCUGUCGCAUUACAGCAAAUACCAGGAGAAGACUGGGAAGGAUCCAUGGACGAGCUGAACAUCUGCAGAAAAAUCUGUUACCUUCAGAUUUUAUUAAUUGACUUUAAUUGAGCUGAAACGGGACUGAGAUCCCAACAUGAUUUGAUUUCUGUCUGUACUUCACUGGACUUUGAGUUUUUGUACAAAGAUUUUAAAAAAAAGCUUCUGUUGAAAAAAUCAGAAAAUUUGUAAAUAUUUAAGUUUUAUGUCGUGCAGAAGGGAAACUGUAUGUUUGAGUAAGAGUGAGAUGUGACUGUAAAAACACAGUUUCUUAGAUUUCUGUUGUUAAAGCUCCAGGAAACUGGACUUUUUUUCCCUCCUACUCACGUACUCUGGUCCUAAAAGGUGUUGAUCGGUCAACCCAGAAGAUUUAGAAACACACACCAGGUUCAGGUGCUGUCAGAUUAAGAAAAAGGUCUUAAAGAGGCUGUAAUGUCAGAAUAUUAACAGCUCCCUGGGCUCUAAUCUGUUUUUGUCCAAUUGUACUCAUGCCGCACCUUCACAGAAACUAUGUAAUUUAAGAAAAUCUGUGGUGCUGUCAAAUAAACAAUCUAACAUGAA